AUGUCAUCAUCACAUUCUUCCCCCCUGACGCCAGGCUCUCACACCGUCCUGAUCAACAAUUUGACACUCCACUAUAACGUGCAAAGCCGCUCUCCAUCCCUCCCAGCCCUGAUCAUCCACCCGCCUCCUUGGGGCGUCGGCGCAGACAUAUACAUCUCGACAUUUGCCCGGCUCUCCUCGCACUUCACGUUGAUCGUCCCUUCGCCACGGGGAAAUGAUUCCUCAGACGUGCCGUCGGACCCGUCGGCCAUGUCUACUAGGCACAUCGUGCAGGACAUCGAGGAGCUCCGCAUCCACCUUGGCCUCGAAAAGGUGAAUCUGGCAGGCCAUUCUGCCGGUGGGACCGUGGCACUCGGAUACGCCAUCGCAUAUCCUCAGCACGUGGAGCGGCUGGUGCUCAUCGAGACAGACCUGCUAGGGUACACGCGCAAAGACCAGUCUUUCUUCGCGGACAUCGGAAAGACUUUCGCAUCCAUGAGCGUGACUAACGACGCCGAAUUCCGGGCAUUCGUGCUCCACAUAAUGCCAUUGUACUUUGCGCAUCCCGAGAAUGGAGGCCCAGAGGCCUUUGCAAAAGCCUGGACGACGUUGCCGAAACUCUCGGCAUACGGCGCAUAUUAUGGCGCUGACCAGACCGAGGGCGGAAAAUGGGAUCAGCUUGCCGAGCUGGAAAGGGUGACUGCUAAAACUUUGGUCAUGGUCGGAAGACAGGACCGGACUUGCGGCGUGGAGAUCGCGGAAACAGUAGCCAAAGGUGUCAAGGGGAGUAAAUUGGUGGUGUUGGAGGGGUGUGGGCAUUUCCCUUGGGUUGAGCAUGAAGCCGAGUUCUGGAACAUCGUUGAAGGCUUUCUGGAAGGAAGGGAACCGUCAUAG